AUGGAACAGCUAUCCGUGAACCAAGGGAACGGCCAGUCCACUGGGUACAUACUUUAUGAAACUGUCAUCACCGGAGGAGGCGUCCUAAACUCGGAUGGCCAUGUGAAGGAUCGGGGCCAGGUGUUUCUGGAUGACAAGUAUAUAGGAGUCCUGGAUGACGCGCAUCAAAGGCUGAUUCUUCACAAUGACCAUCACAAGGAGUUCCUGACGCUGAGGAUCCUGGUGGAGAACCAAGGACGGCUUGCCUCCGGGACCAGCAUGAACCAGGAGAGGAAAGGUCUUACUGGGAACAUCUAUCUAAACAGUUCUCCACUGAGAAAAUUUAAAAUCUACAGCCUGGAGAUGCAGAAUAAAUUCAUACAGAGGAAAAUCCCCAACAUCUGGAAGCCCAGCUUUCUCCACGCUGAGGGCCCUGCAUUCUUCCUUGCCCUCCUGAGAGUCGGCAGUCAACCCAAGGACACCUUCAUGAGCCUGCGGGGCUGGACGAAAGGAGUGGUCUUCAUCAAUGGACAGAACCUGGGACGCUACUGGAACCUCGGGCCCCAGGAAACGCUUUACCUCCCGGGACCCUGGCUCAAGCCCGGGUUAAACGAGAUCAUCGUGUUUGAGGAGUUCAAGUCCGCCCUGCUGAUCUACUUCAGCAACGUCUCCCAGCUGGGCAGCUGCCCGGCGCGGACCAGGCCUCCUGCCGCCCAAGGCGGUCGGGGGCGCUGCCCUCAUCGCCCACGCUCUCGAGAAGUGCAGGAGGGAGAACCCAGCGAGACGGUCAGUCGUGCCGCUCCCGCCGCUCUCCCCACUGUGGGCCCCCCUGGGUGUGCAGCACAGACCCCCAGAGGGCCCGGCCCCCGUCUCUCCUGGAGAAGAGUCUUUUGCGUCCUUUUCCUGCCACUUGUCUCAUCGAGUUUUGCUCCUCCGGCGAAACACAGAAACAACUUUAUAUUCGAACACAGAAAGCUGCACCCGAACCCUCGCAGGUUUGACUGGUCGCACCUGACGCCCUGCCAGCUGAAGAACCGCUCGCGGGGGAUUCAGACUGAGGAGCGAGCCGGGCGGAACCCCUACUUCACGCUGGAGGGCCACGAGUUCCUCAUCCUCGGGGGCUCCGUCCACUACUUCCGAGUGCCCCGGGCCUCCUGGAGAGACCGGCUGCUCAAGCUGCGGGCCUGCGGCUUCAACACCGUCGCCACCUACGUCCCGUGGAACCUCCAUGAGCCGCAGAGAGGCACAUUCGACUUCUCCAGGAACUUGGACUUGGAGGCCUUCAUCCUGCUGGCGGAGGAGGUGGGGCUGUGGGUGAUCCUGCGUCUAGGCCCCUACAUCUGCAGCGAGAUGGACCUCGGGGGCCUGCCCAGCUGGUUACUGCAGGACCCCACGUCGCAGCUGAGGACCACCAACCGCAGCUUCGUGAACGCCGUGAACAAGUACUUCGACCAUCUGAUUCCCAGGGUGGCUCCGCUCCAGUACCACAGGGGAGGCCCCAUCAUCGCGGUGCAGGUGGAGAACGAGUACGGCUCCUUCUACAAGGACACGGCCUACAUGCCCUACCUGCUGCAGGCCCUGCUGCAGAGGGGCAUUGGAGGGCUGCUCCUGACCGCAGACAGCACAGAGGAAGUGACGAGAGGACACACAGAGGGAGUGCUGGCCACCAUCAACAUGAAGGGGUUUAAGGUGGACUCGUUCAAGCAUCUGUACAAGCUGCAGAGCCACAAGCCCAUUUUGAUCAUGGAAUUCUGGGUCGGCUGGUUUGAUACGUGGGGAAGCGAUCACAAGGUGAUGGGUGUGAAUGAGGUUGAAAAGAGUGUGUCUGAAUUUAUCCGAUUUGGGAUCUCCUUCAACGUGUACAUGUUCCACGGGGGGACCAACUUUGGUUUCAUGAACGGGGCCACGAGUUUUGAGAAGCACAGAGGUGUUACCACGAGCUACGACUACGACGCGGUGCUGACAGAGGCUGGGGACUACACCACCAAGUACUUCGCGCUCCGGAACCUCUUUGAAUCCAUCCUGGUCAGGCCCCUGCCCCCUCUUCCGAGUCCCACUCCCAAGACGGUGUACCCCUCCUUGAAGCUAUCUCACUACCUGCCGCUGUGGGAGGCCCUGCCUUACCUGCAGAGGCCGGUCACCUCUAAUGUUCCACUCAACAUGGAGAACCUGCCCAUCAACAACGGCAAUGGCCAGUCCUUCGGGUUUGCGCUUUAUGAGAUGACCAUCUGCUCCGGGGGCCGGCUCUAUGCCAACGCGCAGGACGAGGCUCAGGUAUUUUUGAAUGAGACAAGUUUAGGGAUUCUGACUGAUGUUUAUCAGGACAUAGACAUUCCUCCAAUCACGGAAUGUCAGCUUCUAAGGAUCCUGGUGGAGAAUCAAGGACGAGUCAAUUUUUCAUGGAAAAUUCAAAAUCAGCGGAAAGGAUUGAUCGGACCUGUUACUCUGGAUAAAAUUCCCCUGAGCAGGUUCACCAUCUAUUCUCUGGAGCUGAAAAUGACAUUCUUCAAGAAGCUCCGCUCUGCAGCCUGGAGGCCUCUCAGGGGCCCCACCUCGAGCCCUGCCUUCCACCUGGGCACGCUGAUGGCUGGCUCUUCCCCGCAGGAUACCUUCCUCCAGCUGCCCGGCUGGAAGCACGGGUGUGUGUUCAUCAAUGGCCAUAACCUUGGGCGGUACUGGAAUAUUGGGCCUCAGGAAGCGCUUUAUCUGCCUGGCUCCUGGCUCCAGCCUGGCACCAAUGAGAUUGUCCUGUUCGAGAAGGAGAAGAGCAGCUCAGAUAUCUACAGCACAGACAUCCGCAGAUGGGUGGUACCGGGUCCAGACAGCAUUCUUCACUGA